CUUUGUAAAACCUGGUCACCCGAUGCUCCUCCUCCUCCCGCGCUGCGGUGAAAUGGACUUUAGCCGGAGCCUCUCACCUGAACCCACCUGACAGGAAGCCGUGACAGAGGGAGAAGGAGCGGAUGCGGGCGAUUUUCAAAGCUUCUCACGGGAACAAUGAGAGCGUGCUCCAUGAAAUGUCUGUUCCUCCUCGUGGGAACCUUCUCUUUCAUUAUCUGCACCAUUUUAUACCGACAACACAGCGACGUCACACCUGGCAGUGAGCCAACAGACAGGCGGCAGACAGGUGACGAUCAGGUGGCCUGGACAAGCAUCGCAGCAGCUCAACAACAAGAAGAAAUGGUAGAGGCUCCGUGUUCUUUGAGGAAAGUGGUGAGACACAACCCUCUCCUCAGGAAGAGGUUCAGGUUCUCGGUCCCGGUCUUUCAGUGGAUGGAAAGUUUCUCCAAACCUGCCUGGGAACAGCUAAAAAACCAGGCACCACCCUAUGGCUGGAAGGGACUUCCUGUCAGUGUGGUCAGAUCGACUCUCUCCCUCCUCAACGUCUCUCGUCUCUUUGACCGAGGCUCACCUGGCAGGUGUGUUCGCUGUGCUGUGGUUGGAAACGGAGGCAUCCUCCGAGGAUCCGGACAGGGAAAGAACAUCGACAGCCACGACUUUGUCUUCAGGGUGAAUGGAGCAGUGAUCGGAGGUUUUGAAAAAGACGUGGGGACGAAGAUUUCCUUCUACGGUUUCACCACAAACACCAUGAAGAACGCCCUGAGCUUGUACCGAACAGACGGCUUCACCAGCGUCCCUCAGAGCCCGGACAUAAAAUACAUCUUCAUCCCAUCAGACCUCAGAGACUAUGUGAUGAUGGCAGCUGCUGUUCAGGGUCUGACUGUCCACUCGGGCAGAGACAAGGGGGACAGGCCCUGGAAGUAUUUUGGCCACAAACCACCUGAGAGCUUCAAGAUUCUCCACCCGGAUUUUAUUUCCUACGUGACACACAGUUUCCUUCAGUCUCCUCUGCUGAACAACAUCCGGACCCGUCACCUGUACAUGCCGAGCACCGGAGCUCUGAUGCUGCUGACUGCCUUACACACCUGUGACCAGGUUUCUGCUUACGGCUUCAUCACCAGGAACUACGCUGCGUUCUCCGAUCAUUACUACGACUCCAUGAGGAAGCCUCUGAGGUUCUACGCCAACCACGACCUUCAGAUGGAGAGCCGGCUGUGGGAGGCGCUGCACCUCCGGAGGGUCAUCAGUUUGUACCAGAGGAGGGGGGACAGCUGAUGGAGGAGGUGGACACGAUUAAUUCUCAGGACUGCAGAGUGAACGGAGCUCUGGGUUCGUUUUAUUUUCUUGUUUACAUCAUCUUUAACCUCUUCAGCUGUGCCUGGAAAAGUUUUGUUGAAAACACAAGAACUUAAUUUUGAAACUUUCUAAAGAGGAAAACAUCCCACAUAACUGAAUAUGUCCAGAAGGUUUGAAGCUGAUGUGAAGUUUUAAAAAGCAGAAUCAUUUGUUUGAUCAUUUUUACAUUUGUUUUACUGAAUAUGAGCAGUUCAGUUUUUUCCAUUUUCAUUUGAAAGUCACUGAACUCUUUCAUUGUUCAGCUGAGUAAAAAGAAAUGGUGAAAUUAUUUGGUUUUUGGGGGGAGGCACCAACAACAACAAAACAACAACUGCAUAUGUACUAAAAACAUCUAAAAAGCCAAAAAAAUGAUGAAAUGGAACAACUGAACUGAAAAGUGAAAAUAUAUCAAUAAACUAAAACAGUCAGGAUGAAUCCCAUUUUGUUGAGUGUGACAGUGUUUUUAAAAAAAGAUUUCUCAAAAUGUUGUUGAACAAAUGGCUGAGAGGUUUGUGGUCUCCUCCUCAUCGUCAGCAGACACACACACUGUACUGUGCAAAUAUAAUUUCUACAAUAAACUGAAUUAUGUUUUAAGUCAUGUUUUUUAUACCACAUUUUGUGCAGUGUGUGUCUGCAAUCUCAAAUUCAGCUGCAGUUAUUUUACAGGUGGAUAUGCUCUUUGUUUUAUACUGAAUGAUGUUACAUGUGAUUUUCUUAUUGCACUGAUGUAAUUUAAACUGAAGCAAAUGUUUCACUCUGUGACACUUUGAAGU